AUGGGAUCAAAGGUAUUUAUGAUUAUUGUUUUGGCUAUUUUACUUGUGAUAACAUCAAAGGUUGCAGCUAGGGAGUUGGCUGAGAGCACCCCCAGUACUGCGGACAAUGGAGCAGGAUUUCCAGAAGUCGGAGGAGGCGGAUUUGGAGGAUACCCUGUAGAAAGAUUUGGAGGAUACCCUGGAGGAGCAUACGGUGGAUACCCUGGUGGCGGAUAUGGUGGAUACCCUGGUGGUCGUGGAUAUUAUGGAGUUUAUCCAAGAGGAUUUCGAGGAUACCUUGGAGGAGGAUACGGUGGAUACCCUAGUGGCGGAUCUGGUGGAUACCCUGGUGGUCGUGGAUAUUAUGGAGGUUACCCAAGAGGGCGAUAUGGUGGAUAUGGUGGCUAUGGUGGAUACCCUGUAGAAAGAUUUCGAGGAUACCCUAGAGGAGGAUACGGUGGAUACCCUGGUGGCGGAUAUGGUGGAUACCCUGGUGGUCGUGGAUAUUAUGGAGGUUAUCCAAGAGGCGGAAAUGGUGGAUAUGGUGGUGGCUAUGGAGGUUAUCCUAGAGGUGGUUGGUAUGGAGUAUGGCCUCGCAACUAA